GAUUACAGAGGGAGAGACGGGGAGGACAGGGUCUCCGCCUGUCACAUCCCACCCACAGACGCCUGAAAGCAUCACACCAGUGAAGGCUGGACCACAGGAGGACGACAGGGACAAGACAGACAAGAGACAGAGAGGAGACAGAGGAGUGAGGAGACAGAAAAGAGAAAGGAGACAAGAGACAGAGGAGACAGGAGACAGAGAGGAGGAGACAGGAGAGAGGAGGAGACGGAGGGGAGACAGAGGAGACAGGAGGAUGAAGGUGGAGGACAGCUGAACUUGAUCAACAUGGACAGCAGAGGGAGGAGAGGAACUAACGGAUCGUUCAAACGCUCGUCCAUCAAACGCAGCGCGUCUUCUGGAUCACAGAAGAUUCAGAGAGCAUGGAUCGAGAGAACUUUCCAGAAGAGAGAAUGUAUUCAGAUUAUUCCCAGCAAAGACACCAGCAGGUGCAGUUGUGGUCAGCUGGUGACGCAGCACACCUCUGUCCCUCUAGGGGCCAGAGAGGAGGGGGCCCCUCUGGUCCAGCUGGAGGUCCAACCUGCAGAGAGAUGGAGCCCCCUGAAACACACCCAGACCUCCCCCACUGAUGCCUAUGGAGUUAUCGAGUUUCAGGGAGGAGGACAUGUCAACAAGGCCAUGUAUAUCCGGGUCUCCUAUGACUCUAAACCGGACCACCUGCUCCACCUGAUGGUGAAGGACUGGCAGUUGGAGCUUCCCACGUUGCUGAUCUCUGUCCACGGAGGCCUUCAGAACUUCGACCUGCCUCCCAAACUGAAGCAGGUUUUUGGGAAAGGACUGAUCAAAGCAGCGGUGACCACCGGAGCCUGGAUCUUCACCGGAGGAGUCAGCACCGGAGUGAUCCGUCAUGUUGGAGAUGCUCUGAAAGACCAUUCGUCAAAGUCCAGAGGAAAAGUGUGCGCUAUCGGCAUCGCACCGUGGGGCAUCAUCGAGAACAAGGAGGACCUCAUCGGGAGAGACGUGACUCGGCCCUAUCAGACAAUGUCCAACCCGCUCAGCAAGCUGUCGGUCCUGAACAGCAGCCACUCCCACUUCAUCCUGGCCGAUAACGGGACCAAUGGGAAGUACGGAGCCGAGGUCCGACUCCGCCGGCAGCUGGAGAAACACAUCGCUCUGCAGAAGAUCAACACACGUCUGGGUCAGGGUGUCCCUGUGGUGUGUCUGAUCCUGGAGGGGGGUCCUAACGUCAUCUCCAUCGUGUUGGAGAGUCUGAAGGAGGAGCCUCCGGUCCCCGUCGUCGUCUGUGACGGCAGCGGUCGCGCCUCUGACAUCAUUUCCUUCGCACACAGAUACUGUGGGGAAGACGGGUUGGUGGGUGACAGUGUCAAAGAUCAGCUGCUGGUCACCAUCCAGAAAACCUUCAACUACAGCCGUAGCCAGGCGCAGCAGAUCUUCCUCAUGGUGAUGGAGUGCAUGAAGAAGCGAGCUCUGAUCACAGUGUUCAGGAUGGGCUCAGAGGGACAGCAGGACAUUGAGAUGUCCAUCCUGACAGCGCUGCUCAAAGGUACGAAUGCGUCGGCGUCUGAUCAGCUGAGUCUGGCUCUGGCCUGGAACAGAGUGGACAUCGCUCGCAGUCAGAUCUUUGUGUACGGACUCCACUGGCCCCCUGUGAGCACUUCACACACCGACCGGCCUAAAAGUCCGGCGGCCCAGCGAGCAGCGGCAGGAGGAGGCGGAGGAGGGAAAGGGAAAGUCAAGGGGAAGAAAGGAAAAGGAGGCAAAACCAAACCUGAACCACCUGAGGAGACCGACCCGAGGAAACUGGAGCUGCUUAACUGGGUGAACUCUCUGGAACAGGCCAUGAUGGAUGCUCUGGUGUUGGACAGGGUGGACUUUGUCAAGCUGCUGAUCGAGAACGGCGUCAACAUCCAUCACUUCCUGACUAUUCCUCGUCUGGAGGAGCUGUACAACACGAAGUUGGGUCCGGCCAACACACUGCACUUUGUGGUCAGAGACGUGAAAAAGGGGAAUCUUCCUCCAGAUUACCAGAUCACGUUGAUCGAUAUCGGCCUGGUGCUGGAGUUCCUGAUGGGUGGAGCUUACCGCUGCAAAUACACCAGGAAGAGCUUCAGGGCGCUUUACAACAAUCUGUACGGCCUCAAACGACCUAAAGCUCUGAAACUUCUUGGAAUGGAGGAUGACGAGCCCCGUCCAAAGGGUAAAGGAAAGAAGAACAAGAAGAAAGAGGAGGAGGUGGACAUUGAUGUGGACGACCCCGAGGUCAGCAGGUUUCAGUAUCCCUUCCAUGAGCUGAUGGUGUGGGCCGUGCUGAUGAAGCGCCAGAAGAUGGCACUAUUCCUGUGGCAGCGGGGGGAGGAGGCUAUGGCCAAAGCUCUGGUGGCCUGUAAACUAUAUAAGGCCAUGGCCCAUGAGUCGUCCCAGAGCGAGCUGGUGGACGACAUCUAUCAGGACCUGGAGAACAACUCCAAGGAGUUUGGUCAGCUGGCCUACGAGCUGCUGGAUCAGUCGUACAAACAUGACGAGCAGGUAGCCAUGAAGCUGCUGACGUAUGAACUGAAGAACUGGAGUAACUCCACCUGUCUGAAGCUGGCGGUUGCUGCCAAACAUAGAGACUUCAUCGCACACACCUGCAGCCAGAUGCUGCUGACGGACAUGUGGAUGGGCUGUCUGAGGAUGGGCAAGAGCAACAGCCUCAAGGUGAUUUUAGGGAUCAUUUUCCCUCCUGCGAUUCUCCUCCUGGAGUUUCGUCUGGGAGACGAAGCCUCGUAUCAUUCGUCCAAAGAGAACGACAACAGCAAAACUAAAGACGACGACAACAAAUCCAGCAAGGACGGCGUCUCUAACGUGGACACUACUUCAAAGAAAGGAGACGAAGAAGAAGAGCAGAAGAAACACCGGAGGAGGACUCCCAUCGGGAGGAAGAUCUAUGAGUUCUACAAUGCUCCCUUCACCAAGUUCUGGUUCAACACGAUCUCCUACCUGGUGUACCUGAUGUUGUAUAACUACAUCAUCCUGGUGAAGAUGGAGCGAUGGCCAUCUCUGCAGGAGUGGAUCGUCAUCUCUUAUAUCAUCACUCUGGGACUGGAGAAAGUCCGACAGAUCCUGAUGUCAGAGCCGGGGAAACUGAAGCAGAAGAUCAACGUGUGGUUGGAGGAUUACUGGAACAUCACCGACCUGGCGGCCAUCUCUGUCUUCCUGCUGGGUUUGCUGCUGCGGCUGCAGAAUGAGCCCUACAUGGGCUACGGACGUGUCAUCUACUGCGUCGACAUCAUCUUCUGGUACAUCCGAGUCCUCGACAUCUUCGGAGUCAACAAGUACCUGGGACCUUACGUCAUGAUGAUCGGAAAAAUGAUGAUCGACAUGCUGUACUUUGUGGUCAUCAUGCUGGUGGUGUUGAUGAGUUUUGGUGUAGCUCGGCAGGCCAUCCUCCACCCGGACGAGGAGCCAACAUGGCGCCUGGCUCGAAACAUCUUCUACAUGCCGUACUGGAUGAUCUACGGAGAGGUGUUUGCAGACUCCAUAGACCGUAAGACUAGAGUUCAUAUUUAUGCAAUGGAAAUCAAUCCUCCAUGUGGAGACAACAUGUACGAUGAAGACGGGAAGAAGCUUCCUCCCUGUAUCCCCGGAGCCUGGCUCACACCGGCAAUCAUGGCCUGUUACCUGCUGGUCGCCAACAUCCUGCUGGUCAACCUGCUCAUCGCCGUCUUCAAUAACACGUUCUUCGAGGUGAAGUCCAUCUCCAACCAGGUGUGGAAGUUCCAGCGGUAUCAGCUGAUCAUGACCUUCCACGACCGUCCCAUCCUGCCUCCCCCCCUCAUCAUCUUCCCCCACAUCUACAUCAUCCUGAAGAGGCUGUGCUGCCGCUGCAGACAGAGGCCAGAGGGAGAUCACGACGACCAGGAGAGGCGACUCCAGCUGGUGCUGAAUGCAGACGAGCUGAAGAGUCUGCAUGAGUUCGAGGAGCAGUGUGUGGAGGAAUAUUUCAGAGAGAAAGACGACGAGAAACAGUCGUCUAACAACGAAAGAAUCAGAGUCACAUCUGAGAGGGUGGAGAAUAUGUUCAUGCGUCUGGAGGAGGUAAAUGAGAGGGAGCACUCGAUGAAGGCGUCUUUGCAGACAGUGGACCUCCGCCUGGCUCAGCUGGAGGAGUUCUCUGGCCGGAUGAUGAACGCUCUGGAGAAGCUGGCGGGUGUCGACCGGGCCGAGCUCGUCCGCACUCGCUCCAGAGGAUCGUCUGUCUGUGAGCCGGCCACUCUGCUGCGACACGGCAGCAUCAACAGUGCAGACGGAUACAGUCUGUGCCGAUAUCAGCUGGAGCAUGACGACAGGAUCUUUGUGUCUGGAGACACGGACGGAAAUGACAGGAGGGUCCAACUGAGUCCAGAGAGACAAGGAGGAACCACAGAGCGAGGAAACACAACAGGUGAUGUGAAGGAGCUCAGGUCGACUCUGGAGGUGAGAGGACUGAAGGACAGGACUCAGUCUCUGUCCAACGUCAACAUCCUAAUCUCCCCCUGUGUCCCCGACCAUAGACCCCCCCACACCUGUCCUGCUUCACCUCAGUCUGACACGACGGACGCUAAUAUGGAGAAACCAGCAGAGAAAACCCGACUGGAGGCGGCGGUGUCAUUCCCUCUGGAGAGGUCAAAAGUCACACAGUAUUUAUCCUCUCCGAUCCUCAGUGGAUCCCCCUCCUCCAACAGGAAGUCCAUCAACAGCAUCGUCUACAGCCCUGUCCAUCAGGACCAGGAGGAGGCGACCAGUUUGAACCCACCUGGCUCACAGCAGACCUUCAGAUCUCCCAGCAUGCCUCACUGGGGUGUCCACCCCUCCCCCAGAGUAACGGUAGAGAAGAGUGGAGGCAAUGAAACCAAACAGGAAGUGGAGGAGAGAACGUCCGGGCUGUCCGAUGGGGAGCAGGGGGGAGAGAUAGUGGACAGUAACCAUGGUAAUAGAGGGGGGGGGGAGCCGUCGGAGGACCUCCUGGUGGGGGAGGACAGGAUGUAUCCCACACUGCGCUCCAAGAGUCUGAACACCAACCCAAGGAAGACGAGGACGAAGAGGAAGGAGAGCGAGGAGAUGCCCUGCUCAACCGCCAGCGUCGGAGACCUGGUGUCAGCGUUCAGCGGGGUGGGAGGUCCACGGCCCAGGACCAGGUCCAGUCCUGGAUCUUCUGAUCCUGAAGGACUGAGGUGACUCUGAACUUUCCACUCGCUGUGUUUCAGUUCACAGCAGAGGUCGGUCAUUAAAGCAGCUAUAAUGUAUAUGUUUAUAAUAACGAUGUAUAAAUAACAAUGUGUUGUGUGUCUCUGGUAGUGAUGAACCUACAGAGAAUUACCAGCUGAAUGUGCAGCUCCCCUUUACGGAGAUUUAUAGUGGUUUUCAGCUCAUUGUUUUUCUGUCCGGCCCACAGGCAGCAGUCAUCACAAGAACUCCUGGAGGGUCUGACUAAUGAGGAGCAACUGAAAGUGUUAUGUUGAGAUUUGAUUUCAUGGUGGAAGAUAUCAGAUCCUAUCAGAUCCUUUACUUCAGUGUCAAAACCAGAAUGGAAAGUAAAAGUCCUGUUGGGCUGCAACAAAUGGUUUUCAUU